AACAAACGGCCCAAGAACAUCGGGGCAUGUGUCUAUGGAAACAGUCGCAAUUGUUGUUCAAAUAUAAACAAAUGAUGCGUGGGUGUCUGUGUGUGUUAGCCGGCUAACGGUAAGUAUGUAUGUGGCCUGAUGAUUGGUGAUAAAGUGCCGAGUUUUUGGGCACCCAUCAGGCACAUGUGUGGAAACCGGUUGGCCACGGCGGCAGUCGUCUCUUAACAUUCUGUGAGCACGCAAUCCGAGUGGAGAGUGGAGCAGAGCCACACACCAUUUACCAUCAGAGAGGUAUUACAAAACCCAACCCGAACCCAAGCCUAAUGCAUCGCUGCUACUGCCGCGGGAACUUUGGAGCUGGCAGUGCGAUGAGAUUAUCAAUAGUGCAGCCGCAGCCUCCCCUACAGCAGACACAACACCAGUGUCCACCUGGCGAUCUAAUGUCGAUGACGUCUUCAUCCAGACAGAGUACAAGACCCACGCAGUUUGUGAGGAGGCCGAGCAUCAGGUCGAGUGCGCCAGGACUGGGCCUGGGCCACUCCAGCACCGGGCUGAGCAACGACUUCAGUCGCCGCAACUCCACGGCCACUUUGGUGAGUCAUUGCUCCAGCUGCAGCUGCAGCUCCUCCCAGCAACGCCAGCAGAGCCGGGCCAAGGUUCUGCGGUGGGGUUGGGAGCGAACAGGAGGUGUCGACAGCAACACCAGCAGCAGCACUAGCAGCUCCCCCCAGUACACGGACAAUCGACGUGUCUAUGAGCAGAGCGCAUGCGUCGCCAGUCGCCAGCCAAGCCGUAGCCAAGGUCAGGGUCAGGUUCAAAGUGGCAACUCGGCAGCGUCAUCGCCUUCACCUCAGCCCCCAGCACAGCUCUCCAGCGACAACGACGAGUUGCAGCAGCUGCAGGCACUCCAAAAGUUUCGACUGAUGAACGCCCAACAAUGCUUCAGCGAUGUACGUCAGGAUGAGCUGCGACUGCAGCAGGCCUACGACAAACUCCAGCGGACCAACACCAACGCGGACAAGUGGCACAAGAACCGUGCCAACGAGGCCAAUAGGCAGCAGCACUUGAACACCUCAACAGCCACACCCUACGCCCUGCGCCAAAAGAUGCUGCAGUUGCGGCUGCAGGCGGACGAAAAGCAGGGCAGGGGAUCGGGGGCCACGUGUGCACCUCUGGGGCGGAGCUGCGCCCUGAGAUAUAAUUAAUAUAUAUAUAAUAUAAUAAAUAAUAUAUAAAUUAGUAAAUGUUUGGUAUUAAAAAUCAAUUAAGAUUGAAAUAGUUUUUGUGACUAGUACCCUAAAAUCAAGUCUUUUCUUAGAAAGUUUAAGUAAUAUUAUAACGAAUAACAUAAAGCAAACUUUAA